GACAGGAAGAGGAGCAACUCUUUAUGCUGUGUUGUGCUUAUUAAGGGAUAACCUGCUGACACACACACACACAGAUAUAUAAAUAUAUAUAAAUAUAUACGCAGCAGAUUGAAGAUAAGCAGCUGUUAUUUGGACGUCUUCCUGCAGAGACGCAGCAUGUGGGAGGAGAACUUCGAUACAGAGCAUGAGGUCAGCGGUAAACCUGACUACUCGCCGGUGUCCUGGCGGGAGUAUUUCGACCAGAUGGAGGACGUGAACGUGGGGCCGGCCGACAGCAGGGACGUGUUCAGGAUUUAUAAAGCCGGAAGCGAUGGACCGCUGCUGGUUCUGCUGCACGGGGGAGGCCACUCCGCACUGUCCUGGGCCGUCUUCACCACAGCCAUCGCCAGCAGAGUGAACUGUAGAGUACUCGCCAUGGACCUCAGGGGUCACGGUGGGACUCUGGUUCGCCAAUCAGAUGACUUCUCAACUCAAACUAUGUCCAGCGAUGUAGCCAAUGUGAUUCGAUCCUGCUAUGGUGAGACUCCUCCCCCUCUCAUCCUGAUUGGCCACGGCGUCGGUGGGGCGAUCGCAGUGCAUACAGCCAGCAACAUGCUGCUACCGACCACCGUGGGCCUGGUGGCAAUAGACGUGGUGGAAGGCAGUGCGAUGGAGGCGCUCCACAUCAUACAGAACUUCCUGAAGGGAAGACCCAAGUCCUUCAAGUCCAUGGACCACGCAAUAGAGUGGAGUGUCAAGAGUGGGCAAAUCCGGAACCUGGAAUCUGCCAGAGUCUCGAUGGUUGGUCAGAUCAAAAGGUGUGAGGUGGAGGAGGCCGACACUGUGGAGCAGGCCACCCCAGUGACCGACGUUGUCGUUGAGCGUAACGAAGAGUUCUACGAUCAGAGCUACGUCAACGACAAAGAAAACGCUGCCUCAGAGGUGAGCCUCAACGAAGGCCAGAGUGUGUACAAGUGGCGUAUAGACCUGUCGAAGUCAGAAAAGUAUUGGGACGGCUGGUUUAGAGGAACAUCUAACCUCUUCCUGGCUUGCAACCUGCCCAAACUCCUGCUGUUGUCCGGAAUCAACCGGCUGGACAGAGAUCUGACUAUCGGCCAGAUGCAAGGUAAAUUCAUGAUGCAGGUGCUGCCCCCCUGUGGCCACGCAGUGCAAGAAGACAGACCAGACAAAGUGGCUGAAGCUGUGGCCGCUUUCCUGCUGAGACACAAGUUCUCUGAAGCCAGAAGAGAAACCAGGAGCUCCAACUCGUUCACACGAUGAGGUCUACAGACGAGUAAACGAGCUCCAGAUUCAGAGCGAACUGCUUUGCUUCCACAAGUUCCUGAAGACCAGCACAGACCUCCAUUUUUAUUUUCCAUCUUCAUCCUUCAUCAGAAGUUGCUUUUAUAGUUUCAACCUCAGACUGAAGCAGCUGUUUUAUUGUUUCUGCUCCAUUAUUAAGGCAUUUACCUCCAAACAUUAUUGUGUUUUGACUUCCUGUCUUUGCAUUUGGUGAUGGAAACACUUUAUAUUGGAGUCAAUUUCUUUAAAAAAUAUUUAUUGUAUGGCAAAAUUAUGAGAUUCUGAGUCAUAAUUACACAAUAAAUAAAGCCAAAAACUAUGACUGUAUGUCAAUAGUUUAGGAAACUAAGUUAAAAUUAUUUAAAUAAUUAAAAUAAUUUUGAGAUUUACAGAAAUCUAUGACAGUAGGUUAAAAAUAUCAGCCACAAUUUUUAACUUAAUAAACCAACUUCUCAGACUUUUCCUAUUAUUAGCUAACAGCUAGCUCAUCAACACAUUCAGGGUGGUCUACACUUCCUCCUACCAACAAGAAUUAAGCCAAAAUAUCUUUAAUCUUUAAUUCGGAGCCAGAGUCUGCGCAGUAUCGCGGGAUGGAGCCGCGCUAUCGAAGUGAAAUCCCCGUUUUAUAACUUCAAAUAACUAAUUAAAACCAAACUUAUAAAAAAAUCAACACCUGAACAAACAUCCGUGCGAUAAAAACUACCUAAAAUGCCAGAAACCAUCUUUUGGGAAACAUUUAUUUGACGUGUAUUGUGAGUUUUUUUUGGAGAGCUGCCAUGUCGUCCAUCUUUAUAUACGUUGAUGAGCUAGCCAGAACCGCACCAGUUUGUUGACUGCUGCUUCCUCCAGCUUACUUCUUACUUCUCAAUAGAUGAUAAAGAUGAAUUUUGGAUGAAUUUCUCUGUUUGUCUGUGUUCAAUAAAGACAUUCUUGGAUGUACCCAUUGUUUACAUACGUUGUGUAGCGUUAGCGCCUUUCCCGCAGUGUCAUUAGACAAAUGUGUUCAUAAAGUUCACCGUUAUUUA